AUGGAAAACAAUUAAUAGUAGGUGAUUAUUGAAUAAUUCGAAAUGAUUAGACAAUAAAAAAUUUAAGAGUAUUGCAAACGAUAAGAACUUAAUAAUUUAAGUCACAUCAAUUACAAUUUUUAAAGCUAGCAAUAAGAAAAUUCAUCACAAAAAUAUUAUCAAAUAGAUAUCUUAGAAAUUGUAUAUGAUCGUAGAGAAAUUUAUAGCAAUAAAAUUAGAAAGAUGUAACGAAAUCUAAUUUUUGAACAAAAAAGAAAUCUACAUUAAGUACAAUCAAAAGAGAACUAAAUAUUUUUAUAUCAAGAAGAUGAAUGCUUUAAGAUAACCAAUCAAUUUAUUGGGCUUAUGUCACCAUCAAAUAAAUAUGAAGUUUUAUAAGGAAGCUAGGAAUCUGAUAUAUAAUUGGCGGUAGAAAUUUGUAAGUUAAAUUUGUUUGAAGGAAUUGAAUUGAAUUUCCCAACCUUUGUCAAUACUGACUCUAUGCAUUAAAUUUCAAGACUUUAACAAUAAUAUUAAUAAUUGAUAUAACUAUAUCAACAAUUAUCGAUUGAAUCUUAAUCAUUUUCCUAAUCCAAUUCAUCUUCGCAUUAAGAAUCAUUGGAAUCUUCUUCAUAAUACUCACAUACCUCAUAUUAUAGUUCCUAAUCCUCCUCCUAAGAUUUGUAAAUUGAAAGGAUUAGAUAAUUGAUAAUUAGAGUAAUAAAUGACCUUGAGUCGAUAACAUCAUCCUAAACUUAUGAUUUUUCAGAGUUUUCAGAAGGCUCAAUUUUUGAGAAUCCAUCUGAAUUUGAUGAUGAUCAACGUACUGAAACAGAUGAUUACUGA